GCCAUUGUUAUUCUUGUGAAAAUGUAAACAGUCAAAAAAUCAGUGUUUUUGCAUAUUUAUGAAUGGACAAUAUCAUAAUCGUGUUAAUUUAUUAUUAUUUAAGAUAAAUGAGUACUUUGUUAAUUGAUAAUCUUAGUGUAUAACUAACUAUUUCAUAAAAUAUGUAUAUAAAAAAGUCAUAUUAGUUCCGUUUUAUUUCGUUAUUUAUUUCGCUAUAUAGUUACUAAUUCGUUAAAAGUAGUAUAAAUUUAACAUGGGAGACUUGCGAGUAUGUCGUAUUUGCUUAAACAUGGAUGUAGAAAUGCAGGAUUUAAUGUCCUUCCCUUUAGUAACAUUUUUUGCAUCAAUGAUGAUUGAUAGCAAGCCACUCUACACCAACUUGCCACCCUAUGCUUGCUACCAGUGCGCAGCCCUUGUGAAAAAGUUCCAUUUAUUUAGAGAGAAAUGUUUACGAAGUCAGGUUCUGUUGUGUGGAAUGAUUGAUGAUAGUGGAAAGCUAACACCAACUCUAAUUAAAACAAUUGUCAAGACAAACCUCCUUGCUAUAUCAAAUGUGUCGCAGAUAAGCAUAGAACAGGAUACCACAGACUGUUUAGACAUAGACCAGCCAGUAUUUGUCACAGAGGUGAAAAAGGAGUAUCAUGAAAAUGAUGAUUUAGAUAUUCCUGAUCAUUGCAGCCAGUAUGAUGGCUCUAGUGAUGAUGAAAGCAAGAAGAGUGAGAAACUCCAGGAUAUGGAGAAGGUGGAAAUUCAGGUCAAAAUGGAUGAAGAGCUUGAUGGUUCUGAGCUUCCAGAAACAAUAGUAGAUGUGCCAAAAUUACCUGUAAGAAAAACUCGGCUGGGUCCAUCCAAGAAAGAAGGGAGAUCAAAAAGAGUGACCACCAAAACGAAGAAAAGAAUGAAGGAACCUGUAGCAAGUGAAGAUAAUACUGACAUGGAUGAUAUUACUGUUGUAACAUUGUCGUUAGAGGAGCAAAUAGAAGAGAUGAAUAAGCGCAAGCAGUCUUCCAACUACUUAAACUGUCCGUACCAGUGCCAUCUGUGUUUUAAAGGAUUCAACAACACCCAUGCAUGGAAACAUCAUCUCACAAAACAUUCGCCCACUGCAGGUGAUAUAGAAUGCACAAUAUGCAAGUACAGAUUCAAAACGAAGCGCAACUUGCAGAGGCACGCACUCAACCACGGCAAGAAAUUUGUUUGCAAGCUGUGUCCGUAUAACUCUAGUAAUAUAACCACAGUGAAGCAGCAUCAGGGAUCGCACAAGGGAGUUACAUACAAGUGCAAAUAUUGCGACGAAGUUUUCACAGUACGAACAACAUACGUAAGCCACAUGCGUAUAAAACAUCCUUCGGAGAACAUUUGCGGCUACUGCGGGUACUCCUUCUACAGUAAGCGGGGACUUGUCGUUCAUAAGAAUAUGGUACAUAAGGACUGUGAGAUAAAACCAGAAGAGAGUACAGAAGAUGGUCCUUACUGCGCGGAGUGCGACGUCAAGUUUGUAUCGAGCGUAGCGUACAAACGCCAUAUGGUCAUGUCUGUCAAACACACGCAGACUACAGAUUCUAUGGAGCACCCCAAGAGACAGCCCCUACAUUACAGGCUCAAGGGGACCAGAACUAAAUGGCCGGCGCAGUGUGAACAUUGUCCCGAGGAGAUAGCAAACGCCCGCGCAUACUGGAAACACUUCAGACUGAUGCACCCCAAUGAGAACUAUCCAGUGCAGAAGAAAUGUGUCUGUGACAUCUGCGGGAAAAGGUUUACGAUCCACUCGGGCGACAAUCCGUAUAAGUGCGAGGUAUGUGGCGUGGCGUUCAGUAAGUCGUGCACGCGGACCUUGCACGUCCGCACCGUACAUACCAAGGAACCCGCACCACCAAGGAGGAGGCGACAUAAGGAGAACAAAUAA